AAUAAUUUCAGUCAAAUCGGCGACAUUUCAACGCCGCCUCCCAAACAGACCCAUACCUGUUUUCGUCCCCAAAAUCCCCGAAAAUUCAUUCUCCUCUCCUGCUACAUUUUCGCUGAAGGAUUUUGAAGUUGAUUGAUUUUAAUGGAGGGUGUUGGAGGGGAUGGUUCCUCAGCAGCAGCUGCAGCACUGAACCAACGUAGACAUGAAGUGUCAAAGCUUUUCCAGUACUAUUUAGAUAAAUCUACCCCACAUGCUCUAUAUCGGUGGAUUGGUACUGCCAUUUUAUUAUUUGUUUUCGCCCUGCGGAUCUACUAUGCUCAAGGGUUUUACAUUAUUGUGUAUGGACUGGGGAUCUAUAUCCUGAAUUUGCUCAUUGGCUUUUUGUCCCCUCUUGUUGACCCUGAGCUUGAACCUUCGGAUGGACCUAUGUUGCCCACUAAGGGUUCAGAUGAAUUCAAACCUUUCAUUCGCCGCCUCCCAGAGUUUAAAUUCUGGUAUGCCAUCACCAAGGCCUUCUGUGUAGCAUUGUUUAUGACCUUCUUUUCGGCUUUUGAUGUCCCCGUCUUUUGGCCCAUAUUGUUGUGCUAUUGGAUUGUUCUUUUUGUACUUACAAUGAAGCGGCAAAUUAUGCAUAUGAUCAAGUACAGAUACAUCCCAUUCAGUAUUGGAAAGCAGAAGUACAGUGGGAAAAAAGCUUCUGCUAGCACCAGCAGCUCCCGAGCAGACUGAAGUUCUCCUGGUUAAACUAAAUUGAAUGCAGAGAAAUUUAGUUGAUGGGAGUCAUAGGAGGGGGCCGAACGAGAAAUCAGCAGUUGCUUUGCAGAUUUUAGUUAAUGAGAUUUGUAUUUAUGUUUCAAGUUUAGAAUGGACCUGAAUACAGAGUUAGAAGAAUUAUAGUUCAAUUGUGCGCCGUUAGUUGAUUAUGUUUGUUCAUUAACGUUAAUCUUGUGUAGUAAAUGAUUCUUUUGUGGGACCACUAAUUAGUGAUACAUGUUCUCUGCCUUAAAGCGGGAAUUUGUUCUGUGUUUGGCAACAUAUGAGAGAUAAAGUAAAGGCACAGUUCUUGUC